CUGCUGAUUUCAUUACUCUUAACUUUUAAAGGCAGGUUUUGUAUCUGAGAGCAGGGACACUUGCUGUGUUCAGUGUGACUCGUCUCUGCAGAAGGUCAGGGCUCUGAUAGUUACAGUUAGUGGGUGACUUACUGGGCAGGUGGAUCCUGAGUGUCUGUUGCAGUCAGGGUUCAUUAUGGUCCUGGUUGCUACUGGAAAUAAAGAAACAAAAGGAGGGUGUGUUGUUCAGGAAGUACAGACUGUAGCUCAGCAGGUAGAAUUACUAACUGGAAGGUUGGAGGUUUGAUCCCUGGCUGCUCCAGUCUGCACGCCACGGUAUCCUUGGGCAAGAUAUGGAACCCCGACUUCCUCUCUGAUGCAUCCAUCAUAGUGUCAUUGUUAGAAAAAGAAGUGCUUGUGUGAAUGAAGCACGCUGUAUAAAAUGCUUUGACUGCUCAUAUAGAAAAGCAGCUUAUAAGAACUGGUUCAUUUUCCAGAUAAUUCCACUAUUAAGACAACAGACAUGUGGGAGGCUUUCUCCUGAGAGUCACACUGAAAGUCUUGCUGCUCCUCCACAAAAUGACACAGCUCAGCUAAACACAACUCAAACUAAUCUACACUAUUUUUCUUUAUUACACAGCAUUUUUAUAACUAUUUCCAGAUGUUUCUAAAGAUGAAAACAGAAUUAAACUCCAGCCUGAUCCGUUUCUGAGGUUCCUGACUCUGAACGUCCCUCAAACGCCUCUCUGAUCGUUUCCUUGCGUCGCUUUUACUUUCGCUUUCGUGAAUGUUGUGGCGCAGUUGAUCGUCUCCAUGUUAAGCAUGGAUCAGUGUGAGGACAGAGAGGAGGGAGUCCCUCCCUCUAAAAGCACUCUGUGUGGGGAACAUGAGAGCCAGACCAAAGCUCAGAGCCCAGAGCUGUGGGGCGUACCAGGCUCAGCUGGACAUAACCCUAAAACUAAUCCAGAACCUGGACCUGAACCCAGCUGUGUUUCCUUAAAGAGCAACGACUCAAAGGAUAUUAUUGUAAACUUUAACAAAAGACUGUUAUGUGACAAAGAGAUCAAUAAGAGGCCAGAAUCUCCUGGACCUGAACCCAGCUGUGUUUCCUUAAAGAGCAACAGGUCGAAGGAUGUUGGUGUUUACUUUAAAGUCUGUUCUUCUGCUGCUGAGAGAGUGGAGCAGGAGAGAGCAGAGGUUUCCACUGGUCAGUCUGCACAGCAACAUCAAACACACCUGGACUCUGUGGUUAUGCGGCUGGAGGAAAACAUCACCAUGUUUGUGAAGAAUGAGCUGAAGAACAUCCAGAAGGUUCUGAGUCCAGAUCACCCAGAGACUUUAAAGAGCCAGAUGGAGGAUGAGGAGAUGUUUGAAGGUGAGGAUGAAGAUGAAAGAAAGAGCUGCAGAGAAGCAUUUCUGAAGAUCACACUCCACUUCUUGAGGAGACUUAAGCAGCAUGAGAUGGCUGACCAUCUGCAGAGCAAAAUAUUUGCUCCACUCUGUAAACGUGAACUUAAAGCCCAACUGAAGAAGAAGUUCCAGUGUGUGUUUGAGGGCAUCGCUAAAGCAGGAAGCCCAACCCUUCUGAAUCAGAUCUACACAGAGCUCUACAUCACAGAGGGAGGGACUGCAGAGGUCAAUGAUGAACAUGAGGUCAGACAGAUUGAAACAGCAUCCAGGAAACCAGACAGACCAGAAACAACCAUCAGACAAGAAGACAUCUUUAAAGCCUCACCUGGAAGAGACGAACCAAUCAGAACAGUGCUGACAAAGGGAGUGGCUGGCAUUGGGAAAACAGUCUUAACACAGAAA